AUAUGUUACACAUACGCCACAGUGACUUUUUUUUUAAAUUAAACUCAAAAAAUCGUCUCUUUUUUAUCUUCAUCUGAUCUAUGAAAUGUCAAGCUAAUUUCUCCUGAGAAUGCAAUAGACUUCAUUUUAGUGCAUGUAAAAAUUAUGGACUAAAUAGUCUCUACUUAAUUAAUUCAUACUAUCGUGUCAUGUUCAAUUAAAUAACUUUUUUAAUAUUUUGCUCCUUUCCGGGUCGAGUAAUGUUUACAUAAACAUGCAAUAAUUUUCAACUGACGCAAAAUGAGGAAAACAUACUUGCCAUAAUAUUCAGAAAAGAAAAAACCUACGAACCAAAAUCACGUUCCAGACCACACCGACAGAUGAGCAACGAGAAUUACAACAAAAACAAAAAAUUCAAUAAAAAUAUAAAAAGAAAUCGAAACUCGAAACACAAAAAAAAAAAUAACCAGAAAGCAAGCAUUGUUCUAUAAUUAAGUCAAUUAAAUUAUUUAGCUGUCAGUUGAUGGUGGCUGCCUCUUGUUUUAUUCAUACGAUUUUAAUUGUCUCAAUGCACCAUCAGCCGACGAAGCAGCAGUAGUACCUACAACAACCACAUACAUACAUAGUUCAGCGAUGCAGAAGUUCCCACUCCGAAAUCAAUGUAAGCCUCCGUCGAACAACAAUAAGGUGGCAUUUGGAUGCAGUACCAAUAGCAGUAGUAACACCCACAUUCAACGACGAAUGCGACGAGAUUGUUGCAGUAGUCCUCACGAAAUGCCACUACCAUCUGGAAUUCAACAAAAACUACAAAGGAUAUGCCAACCAAUAAUACCAUCUGCUCCUUCUCCAACUGCUACUUCAAUUGAAAAACGUCAAUUGUCAAUGGAAAAGCCAUCACGACAACAACGACGACGAGUGAAAGUUUGUAACCGAGUUUUUACCGAAGAGGCUGAAAAUGUUGCCACUUGGGAUGAUGUUCUUUGUAAAAAGUACACCAACAACAACAAGCAGAGCAAAUCCUUGCCGUCGGCUGUAUCCUUUGCUUUGGAGAGGGAGCGGGAGGUGGUGAUGGUGGAUUUAAAUGCUCCGCCAGUAGGAAGGAUGGAACCAGUGCAGCGAAUAACAUCAACAGCAGCAGCAGGAGGAAUAUUAGAAGUGCCUUCCAAUGUAACUGCAUCAUCGUCCAACACCAACAAAAACAACAAGAACAAGAAAAACAACAACAAAAUUGAUAGUACCAAUGGAAACAGGAACAAGGACGACGUCGACGACGAUGAUGAUGACAACAAUCGUCGCAGUCGGCUGGAGAAGCAGCAGCAGCAGCAACAAAAUCAUCAGAGCAAAACACAGGCAGAAGCUGCAGCAGUAAUGCCAGCAGCUGCCUCAGCUUCAGAAUUUAUAACCUUUGAAAGACUAAGACUUGGAGAUCAAAUAAAUUUUCUUCUAUUCGAUCCGUAUCGUACGUUAAAGUUCUUGAUUACGGAGUUGAAAUCAAGAUUGAAGACCGUGGUACCAGACGACAUAAAUGUUCAAAAGAUCCUUGUAGAGAUUCAACAAACUAUCAAAAGGAUACGACUUCCAAAUGCAAGUGAACCACCACAACCACCAGAAUUGCAAUCGGGAGUUGUAGUACCACGAAGGGUGACAAGUACAACAGUAACAACAACAAAUUCAACAGAAGGAACAGCAGAAAUAGUGACAUCAGCAGCGGCUGCAGCUGAAACAGUUAAAAACAUUUCCCCAAAAGAAAGGUGUCAUGUAAUCAAGAAUGAUCCUUUGAUAAAUCAUGCGAGUAAAGUUAAUUCAUCCUGCCAAACAAUAGCAGCAGCAGCAUCACAGCAGUUGCAGUUGGAAAAUAAUGUAAACGCUUGCCAAAUGUGUGAACAUCAUCAAGUCAACCAUCAUCAAGGCAUCACAGUCGUCACAGUAGGAUGUAAUCAGAAUCGAAUAAAUGAGAAUAACUACAGCAAUGCAGAAGUAAAAGCAGAUGAUGUUGAUGAUAACGAUGGGAUGAUGGAGAUAAAUUUAAAUAGGGCAUACCAGGAGCGAUCAAAAGAUCACCGGAAGGACACGGAAGUGCGAGAGAGUUUCAGUUGCAAGUCCCUGCAAGACAUCAUUGAGAAUUUAAAAAUUAAAAACAAUCCAUUCUCGCGUGACACUCAAAGGAUUAUCACUCAGCUGGAGACUGAACUUUUAAACUUUCAGCGGGAAUUGCAAAGGACCUCUUCUUCUUCUUCAACGUCGUCUUCUUUAUCUGUGCCGCAUGAUGGUAGCAGGCCUCUUGGGAAGGGGUCAAAACAAGAAGAAUAUUCAAAAGUGCAAAGCAAACGUCGUCUACUGCUGGAUGAUAAAAAACUAAAAAAUCCAGAACAAGAACAAGACCAAAACGUAAACGAAAAUGAAGAAGGACAAGAACAAACUUUUCCGGACUUGGAUUUUAUCGCUGACAAACUUCAACCAAAACUUUGUAAACAACAUUGCAACAGACUUAGCUCAUCAUCGACCCAUGCAACUACAACUCCAGCCGGAGCACUAAGCACAAUUUCAAAAGAAUCGCAAACAAACUUAAAGAGUCCCACUCAAAUGUUUUGCCAUUUAGAAAAGGAAAAGUUACUGCUCAUGCAAGAAUUUCGAACAUCAGAAAUGCAAAGCAUCCAGGGAGAUCUUAAUGAACUUCAUGUAUUCAUCAAAGAACAAUUGAAUGCUAUUUACCACAGCAUCACACGAGACUUUAGCAAUCCAAAUUCAAUGUACUUUUCUAACGAGCCAAGUCGUCGAAGACGACUACAACAACAACUUGCUGACAAAAACAAACGAAAAAGUCGACAAAAGAUUUUUUCUACCUUGCAACACCAUCAACCGGAAAAAACAAAAACUAAAGGACUAUCGUCGCCGCCACUAUUAUUAUCAUCAUCACCAUCGUUGACAGCACCGACAUCAUCAUCAUCAUCAAACCAACAACGACUACGAAUGUAUGAAGGAGCAAUCCCAUUCAAAUCGUCCAAGUCGAAGCUAACGUCCAUUCUGCCAAGACAUUACAAAAAAUCAUCAUCAUCGCCCAUUCGAACUGAUGACAACGGAAAUGCAAACAACACCAAAUCAAUGAUGAAGCAGAAGUCAUCAUCAAGUUCACUAUCGACAGCAGGAGCAGGAGCGUUAACGGAUGCAAAGAAGCAAGACCGUAACAUUAGUGACGUUGACAAGACGGAUAAAGCAGUUUGUGGUAGUGAGAAAAAAUCAAAGGACUCCUACCAGCAGCUUUAUGGCCAUCAAGAGGAACACCUCCGUGCUCGUUGUAGAUUCGCACCAGAAACGCCCUUUUAUAGUGAUGGUGGCAAAAGAAAUCAUCAUUUCUCAAAUGUCGAUUGUGGGUGUCGAGGUUUUUUCCCACUCAGUACUCACGGUACUCAAAUGGACGACGAUGGAAAAGUUCAGAGAAUAAUGGCUGCGAAGGCUACCACCACCAUCAGGACAUCAACAACUAAGAGCGAUAUUAAUUCAACAAAGGAGACCCCUCGUCAUCAUGGUCCAGCAGUGAUGACCCACCAUCAUCAACGCCAUCAACAACAACCAGCGACAACGACGACAGGAAUAGCUCAAGAACGAAUUCAGUUAAUAUCUUCAUCGUUACCAGCAUCAAAAACAGCAGCAGCAAAACCAUCAUCAUACAUUACGACAAGGACAAUAACAGAUGAUACAUCAGUGAGUCCUGAUACCGUGACGAAUGCAGCUGUCAAAACCAUCAUAAAGGAUGCUUACGCGACUACUGUCACUGCUGUUACCGCUGCUGCUACCGCCAUCGCCAUACCAAGACCAGAAACAGCAGGACACUCAAAUGGCAUUAGGGAGCAACCAUUGCCAUCGCACCAAAUCCGCAAUAGUUGGCAACGUGUUAACCUCAAAAAUCCCACUGGCUGUCAGAUGAAAAAACAAAUUUGCGGUCCUGAUGGAUACGAGCUCACAAUCAACAACAACAAUGACAACCGCAGCAACUAUCCCGAGAUUCACGAUUGCCAAAAAUACCGGGCCAACAGCAGCAUCAAUCCGUCGUUUUGUGGAUUGUGUUGGACUAAAAUGCAUGAAGUUGGCGCUGAUAAUGGUGCAACUGCUUUUGCUUUUGCCGCUACUGCAUCCGACAAAUACGACGACGACGACGAAAAUGUCGACAGUGAAAACGACAACGAUGAUGUGGGUUAUAGAGAUGAUGUUGGUACUGGUUCUGGUGCUGAUGGUGAUGGUCCUAUUAAUUGGAAGGAAGAAAACGAGUCGUCGUCGUCGCUAGCCAUUGAGGAGGGGGAUUUCACAUGUCAUCAUCCCAAAAAGCAGCGACAGCGGCAUCAGCAGCAAUGGCGAUGGCGGCGACGGAAACAACCAACAAAGCUGCUGCAUUGCUGUGUUGCUGCACAAUCAGCGUUUCAAACAGAUUUGGAAGAGUUUAAGGAAUUUCUGGAUGAGAUUGCAUUGUCAACACCUCGAAGAAAAUGAAGCAAACAAAAAAUGUUUUUUGGAUUAUUUUUUAAAAAUCCAUGUUUUAAAUUCAAGUUUGCAUAUUUAUUUAAAUAUUUAUGUAUGUAUGUUAUUUUAUAUUAUUUUAGUUAAUU